GAGCCGCGCGUUUGUAUUCUCGUACAGCCAAUCACGAAGCUAAAAAUUGCACGUAAACCUACAAUGAAAUCAAGGUAGAAGGCGUAGAAAUUUCGGGCGAAUAUUGGUGUGACGGAAAGGCUGCCUGCAGAGUUACCGGUCGAGGACAGCCUAUUCCAGUUUCACCGCUGGCUGAAGACAAUGGAGACAGAAAUUGAGCAGCAGGAAGAAGAGACCACUUUCAGUAACACUGACACAAACGGCAAGCGCCCUGCUGAGGACAUGGAUGAGGAACAGGCAUUCAAACGCUCCCGCAACACAGAUGAAAUGGUAGAGCUCAGGGUGCUUCUCCAAAGCAAAAAUGCAGGGGCUGUGAUUGGAAAGGGAGGCAAGAACAUUAAAGCCUUACGCACAGAUUACAAUGCCAGUGUAUCAGUCCCAGACAGCAGUGGCCCAGAGCGGAUCCUGAGUGUGAGUGCAGAUAUAGAGACUAUUGGUGAGAUUCUGCUGAAGAUCAUCCCUACCCUGGAGGAGUAUCAGCACUACAGUGGGACUGACUUUGACUGUGAGCUGCGUCUGCUGAUUCAUCAGAGUUUGGCCGGAGGCAUUAUUGGAGUCAAAGGUGCCAAGAUCAAGGAACUGAGGGAGAAUACCCAGACUACAAUCAAGCUCUUCCAGGAAUGUUGCCCCCACUCCACUGACCGUGUAGUGCUAGUCGGGGGUAAACCUGAACGUGUAGUUGAGUGCAUCAAGGUCAUUCUAGAGCUGAUUUCAGAGGCUCCCAUUAAAGGUCGAGCCCAGCCCUAUGACCCAAACUUUUAUGAUGAGACUUAUGAUUAUGGCGGCUUCACCAUGAUGUAUGAAGAAAGAGGGCGACGGCCUAUGGGUGGGUUCCCAAUGCGAGGCAGAGGAGGAUUCGAUCGUAUGCCUCCUGGCCGUGGAGGUCGUCCCAUGCCUCCGUCCAGACGGGAUUAUGAUGAUAUGAGCCCUCGUCGUGGACCACCUCCACCCCCACCAGGCAGAGGAGGACGUGGGAGCAGUAGGGCCCGAAAUCUGCCUCUGCCUCCACCACCACCACCUAGAGGAGGAGGUGAUCGAUUUUCUCACCAGAGCUAUCACAGCAAUAUGGAUGACAGACCAAACAGUGACCGAAGGGGGCGACCUGGAGACCGCUACGAGAGCAUGAGUGGAGGUGGAUAUGACAAUAAUUCUUCUUGGGAGCCCUUCCAAUCUGGUGGUCGAGGUUCUUACAGUGACAUUGGUGGACCUGUUAUUACAACACAAGUGACUAUCCCUAAAGAUCUGGCCGGCUCUAUCAUUGGAAAAGGUGGCCAGAGGAUCAAGCAGAUCCGUCAUGAGUCGGGAGCAUCCAUUAAAAUCGACGAGCCUCUGGAGGGCUCAGAGGACAGGAUCAUUACCAUCACAGGCACACAGGACCAGAUUCAGAACGCCCAGUAUCUACUACAGAACAGCGUGAAGCAGUACUCUGGUCGGUUCUUCUAGAGGGUGGAGAUCCAAGCCAAACUGCCAUACCCAUUCACUUCAACUUGUUUUCAGAGCCUACAUUCCUCUGCUUCUUGGGUAGAUGUGCUCCCUGCCAUUUCUCCUAACAAUAUUUUUUAGACAACAUAUUUGAGGGAAAAGUUUUCUCAAAAGCAAGUGGAUCCUCUUAUUUCUUUAACGUUUUCUUUCUGCACGCGAUUUUUCCAUUAUUGAUUGUACUGUUUCGUAAUUAGAGGGAGCCCAUCUGUGAUGUCCGCUGUUGGCCUUACCAGAGCUGCAUGCCUAGUCUGUGCAACAUGCAGAAUGUAAUCUUAAGUUGUUGUUGUUGUUUUUUUUUUGGUUUUCGUUUUGUUUUCGUUUUUUUGCCAAUGAAUUUAUUGUCCCAUUAUCUUGUCUUCUUGAUGAUGAGACUUUUUGGGGAAAGUGUAAAUAUUGAGUUCAGUUCUUUAAAGUUUUAAUAUCAGUACAGUUUUAUUUAAAGGAUGAACGUCUAUUUUGAUUUGAUAAAUGGGGGUAUUCGGGGUGGGAAAAAGGAUUAAUUCCUGAGGGAAUUUUUUUGUGCUAGUUUUCUCAACCCGAUUUUCAGAUUCGUAAAACUUCAGAAGAUGGAUUGACCGUUUGUACUCCAUUGACAUUGGGAUCCGUUAAAUCUUGCUAGCGCUUGUUUUGUACGUCUGUUUGUAAGCAUUUUUACCAUUUUAGAUGGAUCUUUCUAGACACCUUUCUCUUCAUAGCUGGGGGGAAAUAAAAGCUUAUCUGUAAGAAAAAAACAAUUGUGGCAGGUCUCUUCCAUGUUCUUGUAUCUUUCUUUCUCUCUGUCUCCUCUAGUGUCUUUGUAGAAUGUGCUGCAAAUCGAAAGAAAUAAAUAAAUGAAGUCUGUGCCACCUUUUACUAAAA